GAAGAAACCAACCACAAGACCUGCGAAACUUUCAGUGGGCGCUCGGUCACUUCGAUUCGGUCGUUUCACUACGAGUGAUGGGGGAGCUACCGGGAAAAAGCCUUCUAUCUGCGCUUUUCCUCAUCAUUCUCCUGUCGGAGGGACCUUUUCGAUGGGUGGAUGCACAGCACUGUGUGUGGUACGGGGAGUGUGGGGACUCCAAAAUCGCGGGGAAAAAGUACAACUGCAACUACACCGGUCCUCCAAAGCCGCUCCAAGCCGAGGGUCACGAGCUGCUCGCGGAGCUCUGUCCUGGGUACGACUACGGAGACCGAAGCCUCUGCUGUGACGUUGACCAGUUGAACAGUCUCAAAGGGAGCCUCCAGCUGCCCCUUCAGUUCCUGUCCCGGUGUCCGGCUUGUUCCAGCAACUUCAUGAACCUCUUCUGUGAGCUGACCUGCAGCCCUCACCAGAGUCGAUUCAUGAACAGCACCGACUUCAAUGGCCCCAGUGUCACGGAAGUGCAGUACUACAUCGGACAGACGUUUACCAACGCCAUGUACAACGCCUGUAAGGACGUCCAGGCUCCAUCCAGCAACGUGAAGGCCUUAUCACUGCUGUGUGGAAAGGACGCAAAGGACUGCAACGCCACCAACUGGAUUCAAUACAUGUUCAAUAUAAAUAACGGACAGUCUCCUUUUCCCAUCAUCCCCAUAUUUUCAGACGUCCCGGUGUCCGGCUACACUCCCAUGAACAACAAGACGUACGCCUGCACGGAGGGCCUGGACGACGGCUCGGGUCCCUGCUCCUGUCAGGACUGCACAAAGGCCUGCGGCCCCAAACCCGUGCCCCCCCCCGUCCCUCCUCCGUGGACGAUCUUUGGUAUCGACGCCAUGACUGUCAUCAUGUGGAUCUCUUACUCGGCCUUCCUGCUGAUCUUUUUUGGAGCUGUACUGGGAGUUUGGUACUACAGGAAGAGGACCAUCAUGUCCGAGUACGGCCCCAUAUUGGACAGCAAUAACCCGCUGUCUCUCAACGCCGAUAACCCCGACCAAGUCAACGCAUCGUGCUGUGAAACGCUGGGUGAGCGCUUCGAAAAUGCCCUGCGGACCCUCUUCAGCUCCUGGGGUUCCUUCUGCGUGCGGCAUCCUUCCGUGGUCCUACUGGGAAGCCUGAUACUGGUGGUGGGCUCCUCCGGGGGACUGGUCUACAUGCGCAUCACCACCGACCCCGUUGAGCUGUGGUCUUCUCCCAGCAGCCAGGCGCGCCAAGAGAAGGACUUCUUCGACAGCCACUUCGGACCCUUUUUCAGAACGGCGCAGCUCAUUAUCACCACGCCGAUCGUCGACCCUUUUCUCUACUCGCCGUACUUUGGAGGAUCAGAUGUCCCAUUUGGAGCCAUCUUGAGAAAAGACAUCCUCCACCAGGUGCUGGAUCUUCAGCUUGACAUCGAAAGCCUCACGGCGACGUACGAGGGCCAAACGGUCACCCUGAAGGACAUCUGCUUGGCCCCACUGGCUCCUUACAAUACCAACUGUACCAUCUUGAGUGUCCUCAACUACUUCCAAAACAGCCACGACGUGCUGGACCACAGCGCAGGAGACGACUUCUUUGUUUAUGCUGACUAUCACAGCCACUUCCUCUACUGCGUCAGUGCACCAGCAUCCCUCAACGACACCACCCUCCUCCACGACCCCUGCCUAGGCACCUACGGGGGCCCCAUCUUCCCCUGGCUGGCCCUCGGGGGUUACGACGAAACCAACUACAACAAUGCCACCGCCCUAGUGGUCACCUUCCCAGUCAACAACUACCUGAACGACUCUGUGAGGCUGGGCAAAGCUCGCGCGUGGGAGAAAGAGUUCGUCAAGUUCAUGAAGAACUUCAAAAAUCCCAACCUGACUGUAGCCUUCAGUGCUGAGCGGAGCAUUGAAGAUGAAAUAGACCGAGAGAGCAAAAGUGACAUCAGCACCAUCGUGGUCAGCUAUGUCAUAAUGUUCGUCUACAUCUCCUUGGCCCUCGGUCACAUCAACAGCUGCAGGAGGCUGAUGGUGGACUCUAAGAUCUCUCUGGGUAUAUCAGGUAUCCUGAUCGUGCUCAGCUCGGUGUCCUCCUCACUCGGGAUCUUCAGCUACUGUGGCAUUCCCCUCACGCUCAUCGUGAUCGAGGUCAUUCCCUUCCUGGUGCUGGCUGUCGGGGUGGACAACAUCUUUAUUGUAGUGCAGGCAUAUCAGCGGGAUGAGCGGAUGCCCCAGGAGGAACUUCACCAGCAGAUUGGGCGUAUCCUUGGAGACGUAGCCCCCAGCAUGCUUCUCUCCUCCUUGUCUGAGACGGUCGCCUUCUUCCUGGGAGCCCUGUCCAACAUGCCCGCAGUGAGGACUUUCUCUCUGUUUGCUGGCUUGGCCGUCUUCAUUGAUUUCCUGUUGCAGAUCAGCUGCUUUGUCAGCCUGCUCGGCUUGGACGCCAGGAGACAGGAGGCGAAUCGACUCGACAUCUUUUGCUGCGCGAAGCUGCCGGAAGGUCAGGAAACACGGACGGACAGUUUCCUCUUCCGUUUUUUCAAGAAAAUCUUUGCACCGUUUGUCCUCAAAGAAUGGGUCCGACCAAUCAUAGUGGCCGUGUUUGUGGGGAUGCUCUCCUUCAGUAUUGCUGUGGUGAAUAAAGUAGAGAUUGGACUGGACCAGAAACUCUCCAUGCCUGACGACUCGUACGUGCUGGACUACUUCAAGAACCUGACUAUGUAUCUCCACACCGGCGCUCCGGUGUACUUUGUGGUGGAGGACGGUCUGAACUACAGUAGUUUGGAGGGGCAGAACGCUGUGUGCGGCGGAGUCGGCUGCAAUAACGACUCUCUGGUCCAGCAGGUCUACAGUGCCUCGCUCAUCAGCAACUACACAACCAUUGGCUUCACGCCGUCCUCUUGGCUUGACGACUACUUUGACUGGGUGAAACCUCAGUCCUCCUGCUGUCGAUACUACAACACCAGCGGGGAGUUCUGCAAUGCCUCAGUGGUCAAUUCCUCCUGCGUACACUGUCGACCGAUGACUCCUGCCGGGAAGCAGCGGCCAGAAGGAGAAGACUUCAUGCAGUUUUUACCCAUGUUUCUGUCCGACAAUCCAAACACCAAGUGUGGAAAAGGCGGCCACGCAGCCUACGCCGCAGCAGUCGACGUGUACCCCGACCUCACCGGGGUCGGAGCCACCUACUUCAUGACCUACCACACCAUCCUGAAAGAAUCCCCGGAUUUCACAGAAGCGCUGAAAAUGGCUCGCAUCCUGGCCGCUAACAUCACCGAGGCCGUGGGCCACAAAGUCUUUGCCUACAGCAUCUUCUACGUGUUCUACGAGCAGUACCUCACCAUUGCCAGCGACACGGCUUUCAACUUGGGCGUGUCGCUGGCCGCCAUCUUGGCGGUGUCGACGGUGCUGCUGGGCUUCGAGGUGUGGUCGGCGGUGCUCGUCUCUGUCACCAUCGCCAUGAUCCUGGUCAACAUGUUUGGCGUCAUGUGGCUGUGGAGCAUCAGCCUCAAUGCGAUAUCCCUGGUGAACCUGGUCAUGUGCUGCGGCAUCUCGGUGGAGUUCUGCAGCCACAUCGUGCGAGCCUUUUCCAUCAGCGUGAAGAACAACCGAGUGGAGCGGGCCGAGGAGGCGCUGGCCCACAUGGGCAGCUCUGUGUUCAGUGGGAUCACGUUAACCAAGUUUGGAGGAAUCCUCAUCCUGGCUCUCUCCAAGUCGCAGAUCUUCCAGGUCUUCUACUUCAGGAUGUACUUGGCCAUAGUGCUGCUGGGGGCGGCGCACGGCCUCAUCUUCCUACCUGUGUUGCUCAGUUAUAUCGGUCCCUCGGUGAACAAAGCCAAAGUGUUUUCCGCUAACAAGCGCAAUGCUGGUACAGAAAGGGAGCGCCUCCUCAACUACUAGCAGGCCGCCAGGGACACUGAACAAUGGACUAUUUGUCCUGAAAGGGACUGCGUGGGUGUGAGUGCGAGUGACUUCAUCAUCAUCAUCAUCACCACCAUCCUCCUCCUCCUCCUCCUCGUUGCCACGACUAUGCACGGAUUUAACUCAGGAAGAUACUUGGAAAUAGGAGAGCCAGAGGACGAGGCCAACUGCAAACUUAUUGAUUUCCUAAGAAGACUUUGGACCCCCCACCCACCAUUCCUCCUCCUCCUCUUCCUCACACUACAUGGGGGAAACAAGCCUGACCAGCAUUUUUAGAAUGAGCGAACAUUGUAUUUUGAUUGUGAAAGUAGGCGAGAUCAAUUAUAUGCUACCAGCUGUUUUGAUCGGGAAAACCCAAAAGGGGUAAAACCGUUCGCCUUUCUUUUUAUUAUAUACCAGGAAAAAGAAUUUGUACAAGUGUAAAUGAUUUACUCACAUGGGAUUUUGUAGAAACUAUUUGAUAUGAGGAUUCCUUUGACUGGAACACUGUGGCGCUCAUAGUACCUGGCAUCCACAUCAUAUCUGGGUUUUGACUACGAAAGGUCAUUUAUAAAUAUGUGUAUUACUAUAAAGCAGGACAGGUAGUUGUAGCAGAGUCACUUUUCAAUAACUGUCUCCUUGUUUUCACCUUCAUGGGUUUUGGGGCGUGUUCACAUCCGAGCAGUAAAGGAAUCGGUUUAACUUUCACCUUUUUUAAAAGGAUGUAAACGUUCUCAAAAGAGAAACCUCAAAGUCUUUUUAAAACAUUUUUUAUUUAAACAUCAGAGGACUGAAACCCAGAGGCCAAAACAAAACGGUACUUGUGCCCACUUAUGUUGUUUCUCUCUGCAGACUGCUCCCGGCAAGGUCAGUUAUUUCCACAUUGGAAGCUAUUGGGUGUUUCCGGUGCAUCAUUUCAUUUUAGAGCUAGUUAAUGUAUCUUAAAUGUCCUUUUUGGAGUGUUUGCAUACCUGCGUUCGUCCCGCUUGGGGGCUUUUAGUGAAACCCCGCUGCAUGUGGAUGCCAGGUCAAAAGGGUGCGAUAACGUGAAACGUGACUUUACAUUUGAGUUUAAAUGAGAUGCUUUGCGGUUACUGAACAAAACGUGUUUUUUUUUAAUUCAGAGGACGAGCUAUAUUUAACUGUAAAUAGCUUAAACAGGACUAAUUCAGACAUUCUCUUGUCUCAUCUUGAGCGUGUUGAUAUAGAAAACUGGAGUAACUUGAUAAGUGUGCAGUUCUUUUGUUGUUGUUGUUGUUGUUUUAACUAUUAACAUUUUGUUACCAUGCAUCACUUUCUUUGAAAAAAACAAAACCUUGUGACGGCAUUGGACACCAGACGUAAAGGAAGCGCGUCCGUUUGCAGAACCUGAAGCCCGUCGAGCGGAUCGUCACCUCGUUUGAUUUGAAGAGGGUUGUGACCUCAGUGGACAUGUUAAAUAUUUUAGCGUGUGCGAUCUGCUGCUGUCUUAAAGGAACAGGACCCUUCCUUCUCUGUAAUUGGGGUGAACACUGAAAAACCUUUCCAGCCAAAGAAAAUGAAUAAUUUGUAUCAUGACUAACAAAAAAAUGUGUUAACAGUGAUGUAAAUUGAUACGGACAAAUCACUUCUGACUGAAUAUACACAUGGGAAAUGGACCAGAUCGAGCGUUGGAAUAUUUUAGCUUUUAACAGAUAUUAAAUACCUCACAGAAAAGUA